AUGCAAGAAUACGGUGUUUGGAAAAAGAUGGUCUUUGAUAGGAAUAGCCUGAACUGCCUUUCCUCUUUCUUUGCUGCAUCUGAGAUUACCGCCCCGUGGGUCCUAUUCAAAGCAUCGAAAGGACCGAAGGUUGGACUACGUUCAGGGAUUGGGAUUACUCUUUGUUCUCAGCCGCUAAAGGAAGAAGGAUCUCUAUCACUGAUCCAGUGGAUGCUUGAAAGUGAGGUAAGCCGUGCUUUUCGGUAA